CCGCCAAGCCCCUCCGUCUGCCUCUCAUUCAACCGCCGCCAUUCGUUCCACUUUUUGCCAUUCUCCACACAUGAAGAUGGCAAGUUCAAAGCGCUUCAGUAUAUACGGCUCUCCGCCUUGCACGCUGCGAAGUCGUCGGACUGGCAAUCUAUCCAGCGAGACCGCGACCCCUUUCGUGCUCAACCUUAGCUACCCACCCGCCCACCCAUCUUUGGCGUCUCUCGCCUUCUCUCUUCCCCGUCGCCUCGCCUCUGCUUGCCUCCUCUGCGUGGCGCCGGCACUGUUAAGUGCGUCGCACACACGGGCUCAUCGUCGCGAGUGUCCUCUAGUCGCUCGAUUCAUCAGCGCGCCAAUCAGCUGAGCGGGAGUCGGUCGCGGGGCAUCAGCGCAGCGCAAAUCUGCGCGCAGCGAUGAAGGCGGCGAAGGCCCUCAUGGUGGCGUCGGCGGGCGUAGCCGUGGCGGUGUCAGUGGGCCUCAUGGCGCUCGCCAUCUACCUCGCACUCAGCGGCAGCGGCAGCGCGUGCGCGCAGCGGUUGGACGUGCCGGGGAACGUGCUGGGCGCGGUGCUGUUCGGCGCGGGCGUGCUGGGGCUCAUCGGCGCGCUUGCAGACGAGGGGUGCCUCGAGUGGCUGUUCCUCUGCUGCUCCACCGCCCUCACGCUGGCGCUGCUGGCGUACGCAGCCUUCGCCCUGGCAGUGAGUACCCCCAGUCCCAGCACUUCAACGGGCCCAGCAGGCCAGCCGGUGUACACGGUGACGGACUUCUCCCCCUGGCUGCAGGGGCUAGUGGCGCAGCCCGAUGCAUGGGUGAAGAUGUGGGCCUGCCUGGUCGCCAACAACUCCUGCCCUGCACUGCCACGGCCUUGGGGUGGUGCUGGGGACGAGAUGGCAGGGAUAAGCCAUAGCAGCAGCACGACAUCACCGCCCUUACCUCACCACCUGCCCUGCCACCUGCCCCAUCACUCGCCCUCUCACCAGGACCCGCACCUGCACCGUCCAUGCCUGAGUCGGUGCAGGCUGGCAACCAUUCUAGGCUAGCACUCCUUAAUGCUGCUGCUCAAACCAAUGCGACAGCCCUCCUUAACUGCAGUGCCGCUGAUCCAGGCUCAGGUGGAGGGUGCUUCAGCUGUGAGGCGUGCAAGGCAGCGCUGCUCAAGGUGGUGAGGGACGACCUCUGGCUGGCGGGCUGCGUGUGCGUGGCUGCUGCGUGCGUGCUGCUCUUGCUGCUGUGUGUAGGCGGUUAUGCCCAUGUUGUGUUGAGGGGAGAGAGGAGAGCCAAGGCGAUAGAGGAGAUGAGGGAUGAGGAUGACUAUUCCUGUGGAAGCCUGUGCAGCGGCAAUGGUUCAUGCGGGGACUGCUGCGAAUGUGCACUUCAAUGUUGUUCCAUGUGGGCCAAUUGCUUGGGCGAAUGCGGUAGGUGAUGCUUUGGUACCCAACCCACUAAAGGAGGGUGUACAUAGUGCAUAUCGGUUUUGUCAUUUGGGAAAUAUACCGACUGUCAAAAGUUGAGGCAAGGUGGGCACAUGCCGAGUUUCUCUUUAGCGCGUUGACCAGCGCGAGUGAGAUCCAGCCUGGCGUGCCUGUCGCCUUGCUUUUGUGCCCUUGUUGCCUUCCUCCCCGCCUCGCACUCGCUCCUCGAGAAUCUCAUUCCGCCUCAGGCCGCCAGCUGCCCCACCUGGCCUCCCUCCAGGUGCCUUAGGCGCACAGCACUGUACGAUUCGACCUGCCGCCGCAUUUACUCGUGCGACUGAAUCCGCUGAGCUGCGAUUGAGUUGGUGCAGCGACGGUUGUUGGGUGCGCGACUGAGCUGGCAGGGGGUGGUGGUGCCAUGGCUGCCAUGGCAAUGGCAUGUGAUGUGAGCAGCGAGCGCGUGACGACCAGCAUUUUUGGGAUUCGGCCAGCACUGACCACUCCGCCGCAGUGGUCAUUUCUCCAAGCGUGCAGCUCACCUGCUCGCUGCCGUGCACUUCAAAAUGCUCUCCGCCCCUCUCACAUCGUCGGUCUGCCAUUCCCUCACGCACGCCACAUUCCUCUGCGAGCAACCAUCGCGUUGCGCUCGUCGUCAGGCCGUUCCGUUCCGUUCAGUUCAGUCCAUUCCAUUUGCGCCCAUCGCUCGCAUGCGCCGUUGCUUCGCCGCACCGCCUUCCACGGGUGAAGGCAAGCUGCACGCUAGUUCCUAUAGGCGCUCGAUCACGGAGUGUGCCUAUUUCGAGCACCGAACAGCCGCGUCGCUUCGGCGACGGGUGGAUGACAGUCACGUGCUCCAGCUGUUCUCGUCGAGCGGUUGAAUGCCCAUGGUGAACGGACGGUUCAGAUGCAACGGAGCUGAUCCCCGAAGCCGCUACACGCGCAACACCAACGACAACAGCCGGCGAAGGGGUAGAUAAGGCGUUACGAGGCUGGGUAAACAGCGGUGUAAGUGUCAUUCCUGGUAGAAGAUUACUAUAGUGCACGUAGUAGAGAGGCAGGCAGGCAGGCAGGCAGGCAGGCACGAGGCAAGAGGCAUCCGGCAAGAGCAGCCAGUCGCGAUGAGGACGGAGAGGCUGCUGACGGCCAUCGCCAACACCAUCAUCCUCUGCCUCGCGCUCGCGCUCAUCGGCGUCGCGCUGUACGCCACGUGAGCUCGCCGCCCAGCGCGUGCCUGAUAAUGUACCAGACGCCGCUGAUGGGCAUCGGCGCGGUGCUGUUCAUCGGCGCGCUUGUGGGGCUGCUGGCGCUGGUGUGCGAGAACGGGUGCCUCGUGUGCAUGCAGCUCACCGUCUCCUUCGCCGGCAUGUGGGCGCUCCUCGCCUUCGCCAUAUUCGCGCUGGUGGUGACGGGGCCGGGCGGGAGCUCGCUGGAGAAGAGCCGCGGGUUCACGGUGUUCGAGCCGGCGCAGUUCAGCGCGUGGAUGCAGCAGCAGGUGGCCAGCAACAGCUCCUGGGCGCCGCUCGCGUCGUGCCUGUACGGCGCGCGCACGUGCGGGGACGUGCGCAGCUACCUCGGGCGCAACCUCAAGAAGCAGCAGCUCUCGCCGCUCGAGGCGGGGUGCUGCCUGCCGCCGCAGGGCUGUGUGCUGGGCGGGCUCAACAUGUCGGCGCCCGUCUACUACUCCUUCGCCUUCGACCUCCCCACCAUGCCCAAAGUCUCCCUCCCCGCUGCCGGCGCCACGCCCAGCGUGCAGCACAGCAGCAACUGCAGCGGCUUCAGUGCAGAGCCAAGCGAGCUGUGCUUCGGAUGCCCGUACUGCCAGGGCGGGCUGCUCACGGUGCUGCGCGACAAUCUACGCAUGGAGGCGUUUGUGUCGCUGGGGGUGUUUGCGGCCGUCUUCAUGCUGCUGCUCGUCGCCUGCUUCGCCUACUGCGGGGCGCGCCCUGACGACGACGAGGAGGGCGGCAAGGGCAAGAAGACGGAGAUCAACCUCGCGCGCCAGGAGACAUUCGUGAUUGCGGAUCAGCCGGUGGGGGCACAGCUGCUCUCCGUGCCGACGUUCAAGCGCACGCUCACCAUGGGCGAUGGUGGGCCCGCGUUCACACGGACCAACACCAUGGCUGACAGCAGCGCAGGCACCGCGGUGUCGAAUGCGCAGCUGAGCCGCACGCUGACGCGCAUUGAGCAGGCGCUGGGGGCGGACCUGCAGGCGUUCAAACGCACGAACACCAUGGCGCAGGGCGGCGAUGGGGAGCAGCGGGACUUCAGCCGCACGCGCACGUUCCAGUACGCGGAGGGUGAAGGGGACGGGGGCAGGGGCAAGACGUGGAGCCGAACUGAUAGCAGUGUGAGGGAUGCGGAUUGGGCCAAGGGGCGGCUGCUGGGCAGAGUGGACACUCUGGAAUCGUCCAGGGGGGGCUCAAGAGGGCCCGAGCAUGGCAAGUUCCGAAGCAGCACGUUCAAACGAGGCGAGGGGGAUUCCACAGAGGCGCAUUCACGGAAGGUGGGCAGUGGGAGAGGCAGACAUCGGGAUUAUGAUGAGGAGAGUGCGAGAGACUCAGAUGACAUGUCAGAGGACAAGGAUUACUAUGAUGAGGAUGACGAUGCAGAGGAUGAUGUGGACUUGUAUGACUAGGAAGAGACGCUCCACCGGGCUACCAAGGCAGGCAACAUUGUAGGUGUUAGAAUACUAGAAUGAUUAGGAACAAGGGUGAACAAAGGAAAUAUAGGGUUGGAGUUGUACUCUCUAAGAACAUACACCUAUAUAGUCUAUAACUUAUACAUAUUAACAUAUGUAUAAGUUGACACAUC